AUGGAAGCAUCUUUGCAAAGCUGGCUCCUUCUCCCGGGACUGUUGAUACAAACUCAUCUAGCUCUUGCUGUAGGCUCUGUCGAAGGUCUGGGCCCGUCAAGACAAUCUAUAAAGUAUACGAACGCCUCGGCAGCAUCGACUUCUCGAGGCAGUCAUGCAACGACGAAAGCUUCAGUGACGAGUACACCGAGUGUAGGGACCUGGGCGACUGUAAUUCCAUGGUCCACUUGGGCAAACAUCAUUCAACCCACAACCAACGGCACUGGCCCGGAGUAUGCCUCGAGCUGUAACGCGGCCCACCUAUCGUAUUCGAAGGCAUACUCGAGCCUUCCAUACAAGGAGCAGCCUAAACCGGCGCCAACAUGUUAUAUAGAUGAUAACGAUUGCAUCCACCUGAAGAGUGCGCAAGACUUAUCCUGGUCGAUGGAUGAUGUCUGGACAGUCUCUCUAGCAAACCCCCCGAACGAGAUAGUCGUUAAUGGCAAGACAACUCCAUUGAAUACGGCUGGACCUCUUACAACACCACCGCCGCUGACCAUUCACGGGGAUGCUUACACAGCCCUGCCGUACGCUUAUGGCAUAUCUUAUACCCUCUCCAAUGCGACGAACUACUAUUCAGACUUGAUGCUUACACCUGGUGGACAACUGACGGCCACGUGGAAUGGCGACUAUAGGCUACACGAUUACGACUUGACUAUGCCAUAUCGUUCUGGAGGCCCUGCAUGCACCUGGCUGUUCAGCGAGGGCCCUCGAUGGGUCCCUGAUCAUGGCGAACUCUCCAUCGGGCAGCUACCCACUCCGAUAAAACAAAAUCUGGCGCAAGCGAGAGAGUGUAAAGCGCAGUACCCGUGUACCAUCACUGGCGUCUCGGUCGAUCUUCAAUUCUUUGCUCCACCCCCUAUCACUCGUGAUUUGAACGAGAACACUUCACCAGGAUGGUAUCAAGGAAACGUAUCGGUAUAUUCGAUGCCACAUGAGGCGACUGUCGUCAACAGCACAACGUACUGGUCUGAUAGUGCAUAUCUCAAGUACGACUCUAUUUACGCCGUACGUACCUGUGAUGAAGGUAAGGUCCUUGUUGGUACCGUCGUCACCGACCAUGUAGUAGCCCUACCGUCAACUGAGGUCUCAAGUCUCUGUGGUUGGAAAACGUACAAACCUUGGAAUGUAUUUCAUACCUACACGAUUGGAGCAACGCCCUGGCCAUUUAACUUCUACGACCUCCAAGGUUCUGUCCCACAAUCGGCAUGGGAUUGUCAACCACCACCAAUCUUUAUGAACAAACCGUACGCACCAAAGCUAGCCGUUCCAACCGAAAUCCGAUCGUUGAAUCCUGAAUGGGAGUCAUGCGUGAUGUGGUUUCAAGGCUCUUUCGACCCUCCUACUGCCUUGGGGACAGCAAGCAUCGUGGCCAUAUUAACAUCAGAGGCACAAGCAUUUCCAUCGUUGCCUGCGACACCUGGGGUGACUCCUCCACCAAUGCUGCAAACGACUAUGCGAUCUCAACCUGCAUAUACACCUGCAAGGAACCCGUUCGUACCACUACCAGACCCUACCCCGAUUACCGCAAUUGGGUCUGCUUUAGUUCUACCUGAUCCCAUGAAUCCUGAUAAUAUCGUCGUUGCAAUACCAGCACCAUCAAAAUUUCCCAAUGCACCACAUCUCCCACCAGGCGAAGUUUUCAGUCCUGGAGGUCCAUCAAAAGUCAUCGAUGGUACGACAGUAUCGGUUGCCCCCAAUGGAAACAUUAUUAUUGGCGGACCCGGAAAUGAUUCGCCUAAGACGGUCCAAAUACCUGGCCCGACUGAACCAGCUGCAGAUCCACGGUUGACAGCAAUCCAAGGCAAGGUACCCGUAGUCGUAGUAGGGGACAAAAUAGUCUACAAGGAGCCAUCUAGUCCUUCCGAGGUCGUCAUUGUUGGAAGUGAUGGCUCUGCAACAACAUUGACCCUGGGGUCUCAGCCUGUUACCAUAUCAGGUACCAAGGUCAUGUUAUCUCCUGCUCUGACACAGGGUAUGGACCUAGUCAUUCAAGCCCCUGACGCUCCGCCAGCCAUAUUCACGUUGGCGACCAAGUUAGUACCCGACGCAGGAGAAAUGAGUGUGGUAGAAGUUGCAAGCCUUGGCUCGACAAGAGUAACAUAUGAUAUAUCGCUGCAAAUACCUACUUCAAUCAUAUUUACGAUCACCACGUCUACUGGAAAACAACAGACCGUGGAUAUAUCAUUACCACUAAGUGCUUCAAGCACGGUCAUAGAACUGAAAAAUGUUGGCAUAACAAUCAUGUCGACUCCAGCUGGAGUUGUUGUAAUCAACACCGAGACAGGAACGUCAACAACAGUGUCUAGCGCAGUGUUACAGAUGCUUUGGCUUUCAAGUUUUGGAAGUAACCAUGAGGUUCCCGACUCUAGCAAUCUUUAUCAGCAAGUAGCGACCGACACGAACACGGCAGGCCCUACGACGAGAUCCGCAAGCGGUGGAGAUGGUGAGACAGCUUCCAGGACACAAGAUGAUGAGGCAGCAGUCACUUCGUCCAGUCGCUCCCAUGGCAAGGCCACUACCAAUAUAUGCUUCGGAGGCUGGUAUCCUAUCAUCGUAACCUCCAUCUGGUACCUUCUCACAGCUUGA